GUGAGGCGUACACGGAAGAGAGAUAGGAAAGGCGGAAGUAAAGGCCGGAGGAGAAGGAAGAGAAGGAGAUCUCCCGGCGGGAGAGAGGAGGCGGAUACUGGAAGGCAGCUGUGACUCUCUAAGGUUAUUUGCCAGUGAUCCCACCAACCGUUCCAUCACCUCCUGUGCCUUCAACGCCACUGCUGUCUUCUGCUGUUGCAGCCCACUGAUCUCCCAAGGAAAUGGCCGGUCGAGGCGGAAAUGCUCGACCAAACGGGCCGGCUGCCGGCAACAAAAUCUGCCAAUUCAAAUUGGUCUUACUAGGGGAGUCUGCGGUGGGGAAAUCUAGUCUUGUCUUGCGUUUUGUCAAGGGUCAGUUCCACGAGUACCAAGAGAGCACAAUUGGAGCUGCAUUCCUAACGCAGACAGUAUGUUUGGAUGACACAACGGUGAAGUUUGAGAUCUGGGACACCGCUGGGCAGGAGAGGUAUCACAGCCUGGCCCCCAUGUACUACAGAGGAGCACAAGCGGCUAUUGUAGUAUAUGACAUUACUAAUACAGAAACCUUUACAAGAGCAAAAAACUGGGUGAAAGAGCUUCAGAGGCAAGCUAGUCCAAACAUUGUAAUUGCCUUGUCUGGGAAUAAGGCUGACCUCUCCAGCAAAAGAGCUGUAGAUUUUCAGGAAGCUCAAGCCUAUGCAGAUGACAACAGCUUGCUAUUCAUGGAGACGUCUGCUAAAACCGCUAUGAAUGUGAAUGAAAUAUUUAUGGCUAUAGCUAAGAAGUUGCCGAAGAAUGAGCCCCAAAGUGCACAAGGAGCCCCAGGAAGGAACAGAGGGGUUGAUCUCCAGGAAAACAACCCUCCUGCUAGGAGCCAGUGCUGUAGUAGUAACUGAGUUCCUUCCUUCUCACUUGUCGCCUAUUUGGUAGAGGAGAAAGGAGUCAAAACACAGAAAUAUCCAUAAUUACAAUACCAUUAAAAGCUUCAGAUCAAGAAAUAAACCAACAAGAAAAUCUGAGAUGAGACUGGAAAUCCACUCUAAUCAUACUUGGUCCUCACAGAACCAGAAUGAACUCUGGCUCUGAAGGGGCUAAGAUAGACGCUGUGAACCUGUAUUGUACCAUCUUCACCACUCCAGUUUGUAAAUGAUCAGCGUCCUGAUGGAUAUCUCAUUCCACCUGCACUUUUUUCCUUGUAUAAAUACUAAUUCAAUUUUUAAGUCUUAAGUCACUUUUAAUAUAUGUAUUAUAAAUAUAUAAAUAUGAACUAUGAUCUGAUUAACUUUCCAUUUCCUUGCCCUCUUGUCCCUCCUCCAUUUUAGUAGCUUUGGUGGUGGGUACAAAAGGGUAGAGGUGCUCUCAGAAUGCUAAAAGUGCUUCUGAUCGAACUUGAGGAACCUGUUCAUCAAAAGUUCUUAAAGGGUACCCGUGAGGUUAGAAAACAUGGGAGCUGCCAUUGCUUUAUUUUCUUUUUUUACGUGCAGGCUCCAGUAUUGUCACCCCGCUCCUGUCUACACUACCAUGUGACAUUUAAUCUGGAUUAAGCAUGUGACCUGCACAGUCUAGAUUAGAAUGUCUGAGCUCCAGUUCUGCAAAUCCUUGCAUACUUGAUUCAGAUCAGUGUCUCACUAGGUAGUCAAGUCAGGCUCGGGAUUACAGCACAGGUCUGCACCUUUACUUGCUAAGCAAGUGACCGCUCCCAUAUUUAUGGCCUCAAAGGUUUCAUAUAAACAGUAUAUUGUAAGGACAGAAAGCUGUGUACAUUGACAUGCAUAUAUGUAUGGAGUGUAUAUGAAUAUAUAUUUUUUUCAUAUGUUUAAUCCCCUUAAUACAGAAUGCCUUGCUAAGUUAAACUUUAAUCCAAUUGCCUUUCUGGAAAAAAAUGGGAUUAAUCAAAAUGGCACCUUGGAGCUAAAACGGCUUACCAGGAAGUCAGUUUUGUCAUUUUUGAAGAAAUGGGUUGCUCAUUGACUUUUCCCUUUUUGCCUUUCUUCAGAAAUAAUCAUGUUUUAUAUUCUUCAUAGGUAUCUACAGUCAUGUGAAUCAUGUAAACGCUGUAAGGGCCAAAAAAGCACUUAAGUAGUGGUAAAAAAAAAUCACAGAAUGGUUUUAAUGAUCCGUGGCAUUUUCUGGAACUUAGUCUGUUUGCUGGAUCAAACUGUCAGUGUUUUGCCAUCAUGUUAUGAAGAUAUGACAAAAUCACAUUUUACUUGACAGCCACCUAAUAAGCCAUUUUAUUUAUACAUCCCAUAGCCAACCAAAUAGGGUCGUUUCUGCAAUCAUGUGUUCUAUUGCUUUAUAUGAGGCUGGGGAAAAAAGUGGUUUGCAGAUGAUUAGCUGGCUACACACACACCACAGUAUACCAUGUGAAAGCAGAUGAGAGAAUAUUUUUUUUUUUGGCAUAUAGCAGUCUGAAUGUUGUAUAAAUGCUGUUAUUACUUAUGAGUAGACUCUGAUCUCCACCAUAAAGUUACCCCAGUAACUGUAAAUUAGGGCCAGUACAGACAUCUUCAACACUUAUGUAUCGUCAUUAUUUGGGAGCUGUGAAGCUGAUUUUUGUAAUUUUGGCUAUCUAAGGUGUCUUUCUGUCUCUAUACCCAGUCACAUGACCAAAUAUCAGUUGUGAGUAUUAAGGGGAAGGGAACUUCUAUUUUUUUUCUUCAUAUUCUGUAUUGUAUGUUCUCUGCAAUAUGUACUUAAUCAGUAUAUCUUGAUAAUACAGUAUGUACCCAAAUAGAAA